AGUCUGUACCCGUUGACGCCGCAGUAAAUUUGUUACGUCGCGGAGGAACAAGAGACACGUGCGCCAUUUUCCGGCUUGCUCACGAUGAGCAUACCAACAUUUAUCGAUGUUGAGGUCGCAGACCAGACAAAUGAGUUACGUUCAUAUUUGAAGGAACUAGGAGCAGACAUUGCCGAGAGCAGUGGUGAAGACAAUGUCAAGGACUUGGUAAAUUGUAUAGAGGGCAGUGAUGUCUGUUGGAAAGAAAUCAAUUCAGAUACAGAUUUGGAGAUGGUGUUCAAUGGGAUUAUCUCAAUGAUGUUGCUUAUUCCAUCGGAACUAAAUGAAGACCCUGUGCAUCUAUUCAGUAAAAAACUUGCAGAUUGUCCUAAAGGGGACAAGAAGGGCAGCGUGAGAUUACGAAUAUUAUCGAACCUGUUCCAUGGGUUAGAAGACAAGUCUCACUUGAAAGCUGACGUGUAUCUGAGCCUGUUACGUCUCUCACGAGAUGCAGACCUUGCUUCAAUGGUAAUCACAGAUCUGGAUCAGGUUAAAAAGUGGAUCUCAGAGUGGGAUAUAGGCACACAGAAAAUCCAGAAUAUCUACAGGGCCUUACAUGAAACACUGAUAGCAGCUAAAAAUAGUGAGCAUGCAACUAAAGUGAUGAUAGAGUUACUGGGAACCUACACUGAAGACAAUGCUUCUCAAGCCAGGGAUGAUGCACAGAGGUGUAUAGUGACCUGUUUAGAAGAUACAAACACAUUCUUGUUAGACCAUCUUUUAACCUUGAAACCUGUUAAAUUUUUAGAGGGAGCACCUAUACAUGAUUUGCUGACAAUAUUUGUGUCUGGGAAGCUGUCAGAUUAUCAACAAUUUUACAAGAAUAAGAAGCCAUUUAUUGAUUCAUUAGGAUUAUCACAUGAAGAGAAUCUGCGUAAGAUGCGGUUGUUGACAUUCAUGCAGAUGGCUGAGACCAGAAAGGAUAUUGACUAUGCUAGUAUACAGAAAGAGAUGGACAUGUCUGAAAGUGAAGUGGAAAUUUUCAUCAUUGAUGUUGUAAAGACUCGACAGGUGCAAGUUAAAAUUGACCAGCUGCAGAAGAAAGUUGUGAUUACCUCGACGACACAUCGUACAUUUGGACGCCAACACUGGCAGUUGUUACAUCAGAAUCUAAUCAAAUGGCAACAGAACUUGUCUAACGUACAGACCAGUCUACGAGCGUUGGAAAUCAUGCAGGCCCAGCAGGCCCAGACUGUACAGCAGUAAUCCGACAUAAGAGCGUCUCCUUCAACCAGAUUAAAAUUGUUUUGAAGCUUCUACAGACUGUGUUUCUGGCAAGCUUCCAGUGACACAGAUUUGUUUUAAUUUUUUUUACUAGCUGACUGAGACUGUUUUUGUUACAAACAUCAUGUGUCUCUCUUUUAAAGGUUAUAAACAGUGCUUUGAGAAAUUAACUUUAUAGUUAAGGGGGCAGUUGGAAUAUUUUGCUUUAUUCGGCUUCAGCCUUAGCUUGUAAUUGAUACUGUUGCUGUUCUUUUGAAAAGUUUGUCAAGUUGUGAUUGUGCAUUUAAAUGGUGAUACUUGGUUUUCAUCACCUAUGUAAAUAUUGGUGUUUGCAACUAAUGAAAAGUUGAUAUUUCAAAUCUUUGAAAGUAACUUAAUUUGUGCGUUUCAGAAGAAUUACACCACUGUAAUGUUUGCCAAUCAUUGCACUUUUAAGGAGUAAAGUUACAAACUAAACAAGUUUACCUAUAAUAUAAAAAAAAACUUAAGAACAGUGUACUUGGAAUACUACUUUGAUUUUGUGGAAAUAUAAUGUACAAUGCAUUGCAACUCAGCAUAAAAAUGAAAACAGAAGAGAAAAAGAAGUUUUUUUAACCUUUACGUUUUAGCAACUGCAGUUGCUUUUUAAUCAGUUUAAGUACACUUUUAACGAUUAAGAAAGAAAAAAUAUACCGCUAGAAAAUUUAUUUUUGAAAAUGUUACUUUUAGUUUUCUGUGUCUCCUGCAGACAGACUGCAAAGUGAUUAGAACUGAUAUACAAGGUUUACGUUUAAACUUUCCAUUUUUCUAGAUGAAACAUUGGGAUCAAAAAAAGUAGAACUGUUUGAAGCAAACUAUUCCAUCUGCCCCCUUCAUUGUUCUGUUAGACAUUGUAUUAUCUGUAUAUUAGUUCAUGUAUGAAGUGCUAAAAACUGUGGCUAAAAAUUAUUAACACCAGUCCUUUUGUAAAAAUUUGAAACAUCUUGAUAAGCUUUUGAAAAGUGUAAUAUUUAAUUUAUUCAUGAAAAAUAAAUAUACCAUUUAGA